ACACCUCUCCCUCUCUCUCUUUUAGCCUUCCCAGGGUUCACCGAGCGCGGCGGCGUGGCCCCACCCCAAUGUAGGCUCCUGCCCUCGGACAACGGAGACCACGGGAAUAUCAGAGUACUCUCCGAGGACAAGUAGGAGAAGAAGAAGACGAACCCGCAUCCUUUUGGCCGCCUUUUUUCGCCUCCCAGCAGCGUGGCGGCCUCGGUGCUAGCUCCGCUAAGCUAGCUGUGUGCUGGUGAUUUCCACGCAAAUGUGCGCGUGCACGAUUCCACGCCGGCAUGCCGUGCGCGUGUACGUGUAGUGCGCGUGCACGCCCGGGCCUCAGAUCACUCUUUUUGCGUGCCUCAAAAACAACAAACCUCCAUUUUUCUCCUGUAAUUGUCCCUCGUAUUCGGCUUCCUGUCUCGGCCAGGGUGGCGCCGAGGACACGACAAGUAUUUUAUGGCGAGGAGAAGCACGCAAAAGCCCGAUAAGUUGGCUGUGAAAGGAGGCCGGAAGUGUCACACAUGUUAGUACUUCACUUCCUGGACGGGGCCGACGUCAACUUGGAAAUGUUCCUGACCGAAGCUUGGAACCCAGCCGGGUGAGCCGAGUUCUGCGCCCUGUCGCCGGCCACAGUCACACGCCAGCCCUUCCCCUUAGACUACUAGUCAAUCUGGACCAGCCCUGCCACGGGUUUUCCUGCUAGGACCAGGACCACGGUCUGAGUGAACCCUCUUCCCGGUCCACUAGUUGCAUUUCCCACCACUUAGCCUCCCCGUUUGGAACCCAUUUAGGACUACUAGUAAAUCUGGACCAGACCUGAUACAGUUUUUCCUGCUAGGACCAGGACCACGGUCUGAGUGAACCCUCUUCCCGGUCCACUAGUUGCAUUUCCCACCACUUAGCCUCCCCGUUUGGAACCCAUUUAGGACUACUAGUCAAUCUGGACCAGACCUGAUACGGUUUUUCCUGCUAGGACCAGGACCACGGUCUGAGUGAACCCUCUUCCCGGUCCACCUGUUGCAUUUCCCACCACUUAGGACUACUAGUCAAUCUGGACCAGCCCUGGUACGUUUUUUCCUGCUAGGACCCUUACCCCGGUCUUAGUGAACCCUUUUCCUGGUCCACUUUUUGCACCUAGUCUCCCUGUUCGGAAGCCACUUAGGACUACUAGUCAACCUGGACCAGCCCUGCCACAGUUUUUACUGCUAGGACCAGGGCCAUGUUCUGAGUGAACCCUCUUCCCGGUCCACUAGUUGCAUUUGCCACCACUUAGCCUCCCCGUUUGGAACCCACUUAGGACUACUAGUCAAUCUGGACCAGCCCUGGUACGGUUUUUCCUGCUAGGACCCGGACCCGGACCCCUGUCUGAGUGAACCCUCUUCCCAGUCCACUUGUUGCAUUUGCCACCACCUAGCCUCCCCGUUUGGAAGCCACUUAGGACUACUAGUCAAUCUGGACCAGCCCUGGUACGUUUUUUCCUGCUAGGACCCGGACCCCGGUCUGAGUGAACCCUCUUCCCAGUUCACUUGUUGCAUUUUCCACCCCCUAGCCUCUUCCUUUAUCCCGUUUGGAAGCUCCCUCCUUUGCUUUGCCCCUGCGGGAAGAUGGGUUGUUUGGGCAACAGUAAGACCGAAGACCAGAGAAACGAGGAGAAGGCCCAGAGAGAAGCGAACAAAAAGAUCGAAAAGCAGCUCCAGAAAGACAAACAAAUCUACAGAGCGACACACCGACUGCUGCUUUUAGGAGCUGGAGAGUCCGGGAAGAGCACAAUCGUGAAACAGAUGAGGAUCCUCCACGUCAACGGCUUCAAUGCAGAAGAGAAGAAGCAGAAAAUCCAGGACAUCAAAAACAAUAUCAAAGAGGCCAUUGAGACCAUAGUCACAGCCAUGAGUACCCUGACGCCUCCUGUGCAGUUAGCGUCUCCAGAAAACCAGCACCGCAUUGAGUAUGUCCUAAACCUGGUCAACCAAAAGGACUUUGACUUUCCGUCUGAGUUCUACGAGCAUGCCAAGACUCUGUGGCAGGACGAGGGCGUCAAGGUGUGCUACGAGAGAUCCAACGAGUACCAGCUCAUCGACUGUGCACAGUACUUCCUGGACAAGAUGGACAUUGUGAGGCAGAGCGACUACACGCCCUCAGAUCAGGAUUUGCUGCGGUGCAGAGUCCUGACUUCAGGGAUCUUUGAGACCAGAUUCCAAGUGGACAAAGUCAAUUUCCACAUGUUUGACGUGGGCGGCCAGCGAGACGAACGCAGGAAGUGGAUCCAGUGCUUUAACGACGUGACGGCCAUCAUUUUCGUGGUGGCCAGCAGCAGCUACAACAUGGUGAUCAGAGAGGACAACCAGACCAACCGUUUACAGGAAGCCCUCAACCUCUUCAAGAACAUCUGGAACAACAGGUGGCUGCGAACCAUUUCAGUCAUCUUGUUCCUCAACAAGCAGGACCUGCUGGCAGACAAAGUGCUGGCAGGAAAGUCCAAAAUCGAGGAGUACUUUCCAGAGUUUGCUCGCUACACAACACCCGAUGACGCGACACCAGAAGCUGGAGAAGAUCCUCGGGUCACAAGAGCAAAGUACUUCAUCAGAGACGAGUUCUUGAGGAUCAGCACAGCGAGCGGUGACGGCCGCCAUUACUGCUACCCACACUUCACCUGUGCUGUGGACACGGAAAACAUCCGCCGCGUCUUCAACGACUGUAGGGACAUCAUCCAGAGGAUGCACCUGCGACAGUAUGAGCUCUUGUGAUUGGACCUCACCUACGCCACACUAUGAGCUCUCCUGAUUGGACCUCACCUACACCACAGUAUGAGCUCUCCUGAUUGGACCUCACCUACAGGACAAUAUGAGCUCUCUUGAUUGUACGUCACCUACAGGACAAUAUGAGCUCUCCUGAUUGGACCUCACUUACAGGACAAUAUGAGCUCUCUUGAUUGGAUGUCACCUACAGGACAAUAUGAGCUCUCUUGAUUGGACGUCACCUACAAGACAAUAUGAGCUCUCUUGAUUGGACGUCACCUACAGGACAAUAUGAGUUCUCUUGAUUGGACGUCACCUACAGGACAAUAUGAGUUCUCUUGAUUGGACGUCACCUACAAGACAAUAUGAGUUCUCUUGAUUGGACCUCACCUACAGGACAAUAUGAGUUCUCUUGAUUGGACGUCACCUACAAGACAAUAUGAGCUCUCGUGAUUGGACCUCACCGACAGGACAGUAUGAUCUCUCUAGAUUGGACGUCACCUAUGCCACAGACGCAGUAUGAGCUCUCUUCAUUGGACCUCACCGACAGGACAAUAUGAGUUCUCUUGAUUGGACGUCACCGACAGGACAAUAUGAGCUCUUGUGAUUGGACGUCACCUACAGGACCGUAUGAGCUCUCGUGAUUGGACCUCACCGACAGGACAGUAUGAUCUCUCUAGAUUGGACGUCACCUAUGCCACAGACGCAGUAUGAGCUCUCUUCAUUGGACCUCACCGACAGGACAAUAUGAGUUCUCUUGAUUGGACGUCACCUACAGGACCGUAUGAGCUCUCGUGAUUGGACGUCACCUACAGGACCGUAUGAGCUCUUGUGAUUGGACGUCACCUACAGGACAAUAUGAGUUCUUUUGAUUGGACGUCACCUACAGGACCGUAUGAGCUCUUGUGAUUGGACGUCACUUACAGGACCGUAUGAGCUCUCGUGAUCGGACGCAAAGAGAUUUUGGCCAAAAAGACCCAAAAAAAGAAUUAAAAAAAAGUAGAACAAACUUGGGAACAGUCUUGGAACUCUUCCAUGGACAUGCCAAAAAGACACUUUGGGAUGGACACACAGACACACACACACACACACACACACACGCACACACACGCACACACACAAUGCCAAUUUACCCUUGCUGCUAAGUCCACUGUGAUGGGUGUGUCUGAGGGGGCGUGGCCACUGCUCUGUCACACAUGUUCUUCCUGUAGGAGUGGCUCCAUGACAAAACAUGUGAUGUCACCGUUGGACUGCAAGCAAGAUGACACACGCACACACACACACACACACACACACACACACACACACACACACACCAGUCCUUCCUAUGACAUUUGCAUAUCAGGAUAAUCGUUAAAAAAUCACAUCAAACGUGCGUUUACUGGAUUGGGCAUAAACAUCAAACAUAUCCAUGUUUUUUCUUGUUGCUUUAAGAUGAAACACUCAAACUUUUGGAAAAGAAAAAAGGAGUGUGGGUUUGUUGAGUUAAUUUGUAAGAGGAAGAAUUCCCAGUUGUUUAGGUGAACUUGUCCUUGGUUGUUGUGUCAGCUCUGGUUCUUGUACAGAGUGUGUGCCUUCACCACUCUACGUGUGUAACCAGCUCAAGUUCUGCGCUGUAUUUCACUAGCUGGGUCAAUGAUUUCUUCUUUCUUCCUCGGCAUCAUUUACAUUUCUAUUUUUGGAUCAUAUUUCCCCUCAAGAGGCUGAAUACACGACAUGUAUAUGGCUUUGAAGAGAAAGUAUUUUACUAGGAAUCCAAUUGUACACGCGACAAGUGUGCUUCUAAGUUAAACUCCUUCAACUCAA